UGAGCGCAUGCGUACUCAUUCGACACUAAAACCAUCCCAGCAGGCUGUGGGUGUGCCCGGUAUUUCCAAUAAUUCCAGUUAAAUCUUAUCUUUAAAAACUCCAGUCUAUCACGUUAAGCAGUUUUAAAUCAUGGCUAGUCAUCAAUACUACCCAUUUAAGUGUACACCAACUGUGUAUCCAGCGGAUCCUUUUGAUCCGGUUGCCGAUGCCGCAACAUUAAAAGCGGCAAUGAAAGGUAUGGGAACGAAUGAGCGUGCCAUUAUCGAUGUGUUAGCGCGUAGAGGAAUCGUUCAAAGAUUGGAAAUUGCCGAAACGUUUAAAACGUCGUAUGGAAAAGAUUUAGUUUCCGAACUAAAGGAUGAAUUGGGUGGAAAAUUCGAAGAUGUUAUGAUCGCCUUAAUGACCCCCUUGCCUCAAUUCUACGCCAAAGAACUCCACGAUGCCGUCGCUGGAAUGGGAACUGAUGAAGAAGCGAUUAUUGAAAUUUUAUGUACUUUGUCUAAUUAUGGUAUUAGAACUAUUGCCCAAUUUUACGAACAAAUGUAUGGAAAAUCUCUUGAACAUGAUUUAAAAGAUGAUACUUCUGGACAUUUCAAAAGAUUAUUGGUUUCUUUAGUUCAAGGAAAUCGUGAUGAAAAUCAAGGGGUUAAUGAAGCUCAAGCAACCGCCGACGCUGAAUUGCUUGUCGCAGCGGGUGAAGGAAAACUUGGCACCGACGAAUCUCAAUUUAACACUAUUUUGAUAACUAGAAGUUACCAACAACUCCGUCAAACUUUCGCUGAAUACGAAAGACUUUCUGGUAAAGAUAUCGAAGAUGCUAUUAAGAAGGAAUUUUCCGGAAGUGUUAAAAAAGGUUUACUGGGAAUCGUAAAAUGCGUGAAAAGCAAAGUGGGAUAUUUCGCGGAACGUCUUCAUGAUUCCAUGGCCGGUUUGGGAACCAAGGACAAGACUUUGAUUCGUAUUAUCGUGUCUAGAUCGGAAAUUGAUCUUGCUGAUAUCAAACAAGCUUUCUUGGAUAAAUUUGGAAAACCUUUGGAAGAUUGGAUUGCUGCUGAUGUUUCAAAAGAGAUUAAAUACACUUUGAUCACUUUGACCGCUUAUGGAUAAGAUGUUUGCUUACGUUUAUCAAUAUCACUGCUACAUGUGCGUCCGUGUUGUAAGAAAAUAAAACAUUUUAAAUAAAGAAAAAAUUAUAAAUAUGUAGAGCUAGUGGCCUUAAAAAUCUAUUUAUGAUAUAUUUAAGAUUGGAAAAAAUUAUAUAUUAUGUAUUUACACUACUAUAGCUUUUAAUAAACGUUGAGAAUUGUAAUCGUAUUGAAAAUUAAUUGUGUAAUGUUAAAAAAAAACGGGUGUUGGGCACGUCGUAGCAGUUUUUAAUAAACAGGAGAAUAAUUCUGUUUUAUUUCUUUUUAUUUCACACCGUUUAUUAUUGUUCUUAUUUUGUAAUCCGCUUUGGUGCUUGUAAAAAAUACGAAAAAAUAAACGAUUUGUUUUAAAUUUG